UGACACUAAUAUUUGGACUCAGCAGUGAGAAGGACAAGGGAUCCAGUUAUUGACAUCCAUCACCCCUGAGGUUGCAGUAAUUUUAUUAUUUUUACUUAGAAGAUGACUUCCUCAGACAGACUGAGCUUCACAGUGAGGAGAAUUUUGGAUCUUCCAGAAUAUGAGGAAAACAGUAUUCAGACAGCUUCACCAUUAGAUUAUAAAACAAGUUCAUAUCAGGACUGGCUGGAGACUGAAAGACAUCGUUACCUAUCAUCAGAGGACAGCGGAUCAGAGGCGACAUUACCAGAUACAAUCCAUGGAGAAAAGAGGUCACCUCGCAGCCCAGAAUCCGAGGAGAAAAAGAAGAAAAGGAGGAUCCUCUUCUCCAAAGCUCAGACUCUGGAGCUGGAGAGGAGGUUCAGACAACAAAGGUACCUGUCAGCCCCAGAGAGAGAUCAGCUGGCCCAUAUUCUGCACCUGACUCCUACCCAGGUAAAGAUCUGGUUCCAGAACCACCGUUAUAAGAUGAAGAGAGCAAAGCCUGAGGCUGACAACCAGCAGAAUGUGCUGAAACGGGUUCUAGUACCAGUUCUGGUCAGGGAUGGAAAACCAUGCCAGACCUGCUCUCCUGCUUGCCAGGUGACUCCUAGGGACAAAUUCCAACCAUUUUCCACUGUGCAGCCCACAGGGACAUUCAGUUUCUUCCCUUGUUAUCCCCAUCAACAAGCAGCACAUCCCUGUACUAUUUCGUGGAGAUGGUGA